CUUCGACUCUCUAAUCAUUUAUAACUGGAUGAGCGUCCUGUGAGCCCGCUCUUUAGACCUCUCUGUAGGUCCGCUGGCCAAGACAUGUCCGGCAACUCGAGCCACAGCGGAUCAUCACUCGACCAUAGGCUAACAGGCAUCCUCGACGAUCGAAAAUCCAAGAAGCGGUAUCGCUCGCUAAAGGUUUUCGAUGACCAUAAGUCUGGUCUAGUAGAUUUCUCAUCGAAUGACUACCUCUCCUUGACGGCCUCAGCUGAGCUACGCGCAAAUUUUGUCGCUCGCAUUGCAAAGGCACCUCUAUUUCUUGGCUCGACGGGUUCCAGACUUUUGUCCGGAGCAAGUCCAUCGCACUCAGCCUUGGAGCAACGCUUCGCAGACUUCUUCCAUGCCCCGAGUGCCCUCUUGUUCAAUUCUGGCUGGGACGCCAACGUCUCAUUCUUUUCCACUAUUCCUCAACCUGGAGAUUGGGUCGUAUUUGACGAGCUGGUGCACGCCUCCGUCCAUUCUGGUCUGAGGGCAUCGCGUGUACACCCUGAUCAUAGGAUAGCCUUUGAUCACAAUGAUUCUGAAUCUUUGGGAAAAGUCCUAGACAGAAUCUCCAGCAGUCCAGCGGCAAGCUCUCACAAGGGUCCUGUGGUUUUUCUGGCACUGGAAAGCCUUUACUCUAUGGACGGGGACAUGGCGCCUUUACAGACAUUCCUAGAUGUUCUGGACAAAUAUGUCCCGCGAAGCAGGCAGUGCAUCGUUCUAGACGAGGCACACUCCACUGGUGUCUACGGCCCCCGAGGACGAGGUGUUGCAUAUGCUUUGGGAGAAGAGGGAGGAUGGGAAGAACCCAAUAUGAGCCAAGGAGCUGGAAGAAUCGGUGUGAGACUCAUGACCUUUGGCAAGGCUGUCGGGUGCUCAGGAGCCGUUCUUUUAUGCUCUCCGACUAUUCGCUCUUUCCUCAUCAACUUCGCCCGUCCGUUCAUCUUCUCCACAGCCCUCCCUCACUCGUCUCUGCAUGCCCUGGAGGCGGCCUUUGAUAUCAUCCAGAGUAAGGAUGGCGAAACCCGUCGUCAGAAACUUUUCGCCCUCUGCCGUCACUUGCAUGCCCAGCUCGAUGCGCUAUUGGAGACUUGUCCCCGGAACCUUCUUCGUCUGCCUCCGAGACCGCCCAGCGUCUCCAAUCCGGGCUCCGAAAACGCGGAUAUGAGCUCAAUAACCCCCAUUAUCGGCCUGAUUACUCCGAAUCCACAUGCUCUCUCCGCUUUUCUGCUUGAAAAAGGCUUUAUUGUUCGACCAGUCGUCCCGCCGACAGUGCCCCCAGGCAGCGAAAGAAUUCGACUUUGUCUCCGAUCAGACAUCCCUCAUAGCGUCGUGGAUGACUUGUCAGCUGCUCUCAAGGAAUGGAUCAAUCAAAAGCAGGGAUCCGAGAGGUAUGGAUCGAUUGUCGGGUCAUCAGUCUUUGCAAAGGCCAAGCUAUAGGCUUCUAACGAGUCCAUCAUACACACACAGUAAGGAUGUGUUUAUAAACCUCAUCGGAUACCCCGCAUCGGAAGUUAUGCAUCAUUUACGACAGAGUGGUACAGUAUGUUCAUGAUGCAAAGCUCUUUGACCCAUGUUCACAAGAUCAGCUC